UCCUUUUUUCCUCCUCUUCUCUCUUCAUUCUUCUUUCCUUCUUUCUUGCUCUUUCCACAUCCACUGCUUAAUCUCUCCCAUUCCCAGCUCCUCGCAUCUUUUUCCAUGUUGUGCCCUUGAUUAUCGUCCUUUGCAAUACCAUACCUCCUUUUCUCCUCUGCCCUCUUGAUAUAUCAUCUUAGCCAACCCAACCUUCCCUCAUCUGCAUAAUCACUUUAAUCAAACAUAUAUUCCUACAUUUCUUUACAAUGUUGGUGACUACAUUUCUUGCAGCAUCAUUGGGACUGGCGUGCAGUAUAUUCGCCAAUGCUGCAGGCACCGGUGUUGUAACUGUACCAAUGAAAGCAUUGGUACGACCCGAGCAUCAGAACGCCAUUUCUCUCACAAAGCGAUACUUGCAAAGGCGCAGUUCAACUUCAACAAGCUCUCUGAAAAGCGUCGCUCAAGAUGUGAUGUACACUGUGACCCUAGGCAUUGGCACGCCACCUCAGCUGUUUAAUUUAGCCAUCGAUACUGGAAGUCCAAUUACAUGGGUCGUCAACAAGACUUGCUCUGGGGAUAGCUGCGCCGAUAUUUUCAAUCGCUUUGAUUGCCUAUCAUCACCAACUUGUAAAUCAUCUCCAAAUAGUGGCAUUUUGAAUGCUUCAUAUGUUUCUGGUGAUGGUGUUGUUGGUGACUAUGUGACAGACAUCUUCAGCCUCGGAAGCUUAAGCUUCAGUUCCCUUGCUGGCAUUGUAAAUAGCUAUAACGCGCAGCUGCCGCCAACGGUUGACGGCAUCAUGGGACUGUGGUACACUAUUCGUCAAUAUAAGAAAAUCCCAUCCAACGCUGCGUUCUUGAAUGUGUUGAAGGACUCUGAUGCCUUGACUCAGCCUUUGGUUGGUAUCUGGCUUGAUGAGACAAACUCAACGUCACUCACAACACCUGGUGGAGAAAUUACGUUUGGAGGUGUAGACCCAUCCCGCUUCACAGGCGGUAUCACCUAUGUUGAUUGUGAUCCAUCCGCUCCAUGGACUAUUCCUGUUGGUAGUGUAUCUGUAAACGGCAAAAAAAUCGCUGUGACAAGUGCAUUGGCAACGAUUGACACUGGUACAUCUGCUAUGCUUCUUCCCGAGGUUGUAUCUGACGCUAUCAAUAGCGCUAUCCCCCGUAGUGUUAAGUUGACCGAAUCAGCUGACGGUAUCGUUUGGAUCAUCCCAUGUGAAGGUGACACCCCUGUUUCGUUUACUUUUGGAAACUUCACGGCUACGAUCCCAUACCACAUCUUUGCAAUUCAAAACAUUCGAUACAAGGACAUCGAGACAGGUGCUCUAUACUGUGCAAGUUCAGCCAUGUUUGCUACUGGCAGUGUUUCAGUCAUCUCUAAUUGGCUUCUGGGAGACACGCUGAUCAAGAAUGUUUACACUGUCUUUGACUUUGGUACAAAUGCAGAGACAGGUGGUCGCGUUGGCUUCGCUGAGCUUACCAACAAGAGCUCCACUAUUGUUAAUAAGGUCACCACUGGUGGUGCCAAUAUUGAGGUCGAUGAGCCUAUUGGUUUGUCUAAAGAUAGAGGAAACGGCGCAUCAGGCGGGUUCCUCGUGCCGUAUACCACGCAAGCUCUUGCUCUUGCUAGCACAGUUGUCUUUGCAUUGAUCUAAAACCCUUUGAGGAUCAAUCUCUCACCUUCUUCCCCCUCCUAGUAAAAUAUCAACCCUAAACCAUAUACCCUUAACCUUGCAUAUAGUCUAUCCUAAUAGCUUAAUAAUGAACAAAGGCGAUACAUUACAUGUUUGCAAUGGUAAACGCAUAAACACGGAAAU